UGACGUUAGAUGGGCCUCUUCGAGGUUUUGUUCGUGUGCCUUCUGGCGGUCAUCGCUCCGGCCCAAGAACUACAGGAGUGUACCCUCGACACUGGCUCUCUUACCGUCGGCAGCUCCGAAGACGUGGCUGAUCUCAUAGGCUUUCUUAAUUGUUCGAACGGCGACUUCAGCGUAGAGUGGGUCGGAGACGUCUUCGUUACAGAAACGAUCCGCAUCACAAGCGGCACAUCGCUCAACAUCACUGGGGAUGGACCAGGCGCCAUUGCGGACGGACAGAACAUCACACAGCUGUUCUACGUAGACGGGGGUUCAAAGCUACGACUCUCAGACAUGACGCUCGCCCACGGGAACGCUUCUGAAGGCGGGGCUAUCUAUGUAACGCAAUCGAUAGUCUCGUUCAGCGGAAACAUAGUUUUCAGCUCUAACUACGCUGACACAAGCGGAGGUGCCAUCUAUGCGACUUCUUCUUCGACCGUGUCCUGGGACGGCGACGGCAUCAGCUUCAAUUCCAACUCCGCUGCCAGUUAUGGAGGUGCAAUAUACGUAAGUUUUUCGACUGUGUCCUGGGAUAACGAUGGCACUGGAUUCAGCUCCAACUCUGCUCCUUUGGGGGGAGGCGCUAUUCAUUCUUUGUUUUCAAAUGUGUCCUGGGAGGGCGACGGAACCCAGUUCAAAUCCAACUACGGCUAUGAGGGAGGUGCCAUCUACGCACAUUUGUCGAACGUUUCGUGGGAUGGCGACGGCACCCAGUUCACGAACAACCCCGCUGAGAGCUAUGGAGGAGCGAUCUACGCGUAUCUUUCGAACGUUUCGUGGGAUGGCGACGACACCCAGUUCAUGAACAACUCUGCUACCACUUUCUGGGGAGGCGCAAUAUAUGCGGGGUCUUCGAACGUCUCCUGGGAUGGCGACAGGACCCAGUUCAGCUUCAACAAUGCUGCCGGGGAUGGAGGCGCAAUCUACUCUUAUGAUUCGACGGUAUCCUGGGAUGGCGCCGGCACCGUGUUCAACUACAACAAUGCUACCGGGGAUGGAGGUGCAAUCUACUCGGAUCAUGGUUCGAAGCUGUCCUGGGAUGGAAGCCCGACCUUCAGCAGCAACGUUGCCGUUGGAAACGGUGGCGCACUAGCUUUCAUCGAGUUUGAAAACGAAGCAACCGAAUUUACCAACGCGACAUUCAUCAACAACACCGCAGGAGUCGGAGCGGGGGCGUGGUACUUCGAAAGCUGCGCGAACGCUCUCAGCUUCUCAAGCAUCUCAUUUCAAUCUAACUCGGCUGGUCUAGCUGGCGGUGCGAUCGCGGCGUACGUGACUGGAACGGAGUUAUACCCUGCAACAUUUUCGGGGUGUAAGUUCUUCGACAACAAGGCAAGCGGCGGUACCGGAGGGGCGGUGGAGACCUUGUCUGGCCGUCAGGAGUUUAUUUCCUGUGAUUUCGAGGGCAACUCAGCAUAUGUCGGUGGAGCUAUGAGACUCGGCGGUACGGUGGAUGUCCGCAACUGUUCCUUCCUCUCCAACUCCGCUACAAGCCGCGGUCUCGCUAUUGCUGUGGUCGCAUUUGCGAACAUAAGCGGUGCGUCGUUCGAUAGAAACGAGUUGUACUGCGAAGCUGGCUUGUAUCGUGAAGAUACUGAGGGAGAACCCAGUGCGCGUUUUGAAACGGUGUGUCUCGACUGUCCUGAGUGCGACGACUGCCACGUCACAAGGUCUAGCGUCACGCCGGCAUGUGAGCUGCCGUUGGAGCACACUACGGCCGUGGAACCUGGUCUCACCUUGGAGACGCUAGACAUUCAUGGAGGCUAUUGGCGCGCAACGAGCGAAAGCGACAAGAUCCUAGCGUGCUACAAUACGGAUGCUUGCACAGGGGGACAAACAGGGGCGGACAGCUUUUGUGCCUCAGGGUACAUGGGACCAUGUGAGGAGGGGGAGGAUUGCUCCGUGUGCGAAACGGGCUUCGCUCCAUCGCUCGCUCAUACCUGUACGCGGUGCUCGAGCUCGAGACGCCAGGGACUCUUGGCCGUCGCUGUUAUCGCCGCGCUUGUGGCAGUCUUCGCGAUUGUAACCAUUUUCAAAUAUUUGCUGUCGACGGAGGUUGAUGAGGGGAACGCCGGGUGCUUCCACCGCAGGAUACUUCGAGCCGUCCCCGUCCAGACAUUGAAGAUCAUCGUCGUCGUGUGGCAGAUUUUGACUCAGUUCGCAGAUGUCGCCAAUAUUACGUAUCCACAAGCGUAUCAAGACUUUCUGAGCGCCAUCGACGUUGUCAACUUCGACCUCGGUUCCGCACUCGCCGCCGGGUGCUUGUGGCCAGACAUCGAUUUCCACGAUCGGCUUCUUCUCGGCACGCUGGGGCCGUUGGUUGCUGUCGGGUUUCUGGUGAUGACGUACCGGGUCGCGGUGCGUAGAAACGGUACAGCUGGCGGCCAAACUCCUGCAGAUAAUACCCGUCACAAGCACCUGUCGGCCCUCCUUCUCUUGACAUUCCUGAUAUAUUCCUCCGUAUCGUCAACGGUAUUCCAAACUUUUGCUUGCGAGACGCUCGAUGACGGCAUCGAAUACCUCAGGGUCGACUACACUAUCCAUUGCACGGAUGCCAAACACAAGGCCUUUGAAGUGUACGCAGGAAUCAUGGUCGUUGUGUACCCCGUGGGCAUCCCCCUGCUAUAUGCCAUAUUGUUGUUUCAACGACGGGACGUGCUUGGCGAUGCCCGUGCGGAUAAGACCGUAGCUCAGCCAAUUGCGGGUCUGUGGGAGCCUUACAGGCCCGAGCGAUUCUACUAUGAGGUUAUCGAGUGCGGACGUCGUAUUAUGCUGACGGGUGUAGUCGCCUUCAUCUUCCCGAACGAUGCGGCCCAGAUCGCGAUUACCAUGCUUGUUGCCUUCUUUUUCUCUUUGGUGUUCGAGGUGAUGUCGCCGUACACGUCUGAGUCCGACACGUGGCUUUCGCGUGGGGGUCACGUGAUAGUAUUCCUGAGCAUGUUCGACGCCUUGCUCCUGAAAGUGGAUGUGUCCAGCGAAAGCGAACAGAGUCAGGAUGUAUUUGCUGGAGUGUUCGUGGCAGGUCACGUGUUGUUGAUUCUUGCCAUCGUUGUCGAAGUGGUUGGCAUCUGCCUCGCGUCCGGGAAGAAGCGCGGUGUCGAAGAGGCGGUACCAUCCGAGGGACUUCCUGUGUUGAGGCCGCGAGGAGGAUCGGAUGAUGUGCCUGUAUUUGAGAGCGCUCCGGCGUCGUGGAAGACGUUUGUGGGGCAAGCUUCAGUGUCAGAAAAGCCUGGACCGAGGCGAAGCGCGUCUGGGGCUGUGGUUACGAUGGGCGAGUCGUCGUAGAGGUGCUUAUUUUCCGAUUGAUUCUUGGUGUGACUUGUGCGCGGUGAGGGGUAAGUAAGGGUUGUUUUGCGGUGGUU